AUGGACAAGAAUGAUAAAGAUGACAAAUUACUUGAAAUGGAAGCAAGAAUGUAUGCACCGCUCGAAUGGGAUUCCUCAAUUUAUUGUAAAAUACAAGACCUGGAUGAGUCUUUGUAUGACGAAGCAUGUCGUUUGAUAAAACAUCAUUACUUUAACGAUGAACCAAUGUGCAAAGCAAUAUCAUUUCUGAAGGAUAAAUUAUCGGUCAAUUGUUAUUUAAAUUUAAUAAAAACGUGGAUGAAAGAUACGUUAAGUUUGGUGGCACUCAGUGGAACUUCUGGACGAGUUGUUGGAGUUGCUGUUACAAGAAUUAACAGUGAUUCGGAAAAGAUGAAUACUUUUAGUCGUAAUCAAAUAAUCGAAGGAAAAUCAUUGAAACAAAUAAAGCAAUUAGUUAACGAAGUUACCGUUCAGUCCCAAGCUUACGUUCAAUUUGGACACGAUCUUUACUUACGCAUUUAUAUUCUUUGCGUUCAUCCAACUUAUCAAAAUAAAGGCGUCGAAUCCGCAUUAUUGCAUGCUUUCAUACAAUCGGCAAGAACGAUGAAACUGCCAGCAGUAGGUGGUGUUUUUACAUCCGGUCAUAAUCAAUCUUUAGCCGAAAAAAUCGGUUUUUCUAUUUUAUCCGAAAUACGUUAUAGUCGUUGGAUCGUUAACGAGACUGUUGUUUUCGGUGAUCCCGGUAAAGGAAAUUAUUCAGUUGCUUUUAUGGGAAAGGUACUCGAUUAUAAUGACGUAAGCGAAAAACAUAAAGAUGAUAUUUAA